GUCAACUGAAGCAAUGCAUUUAGGCUAUUAAGAUGUCUGACUUUUCACUUCGGAUCAGUGUGCGAUUUUCAACAAACUCGGGAGUGUUUUGAAGGUAUUCAUCACUGACUCUGUGAACUCAAGGCAAUUCACUCGGGAAAAUGCCUCGUCCUGGAAGAAACACGUACAGCGAUCAGAAGCCGCCGUAUUCGUAUAUUUCGCUGACCGCGAUGGCCAUUCAAAGUUGCCCGGAGAAGAUGCUCCCUCUCAGCGAAAUUUACAAGUUCAUCAUGGACAGGUUUCCUUAUUAUCGGGAAAACACACAGCGCUGGCAAAACUCCCUUCGCCACAAUCUUUCCUUCAACGACUGCUUCAUCAAGAUCCCGCGGAGACCGGACCAGCCGGGGAAAGGCAGCUUCUGGGCUCUCCAUCCCACCUGCGGUGACAUGUUUGAAAACGGGAGCUUCUUGAGACGCCGCAAGAGAUUCAAAGUGAUGAUCACCUCCGAGCACCUGCAAAAACGCUCAGACGCGUCGCAUUACCUCCAGCAACAAGCAAAACUCAGAAUGACCGCUUUUGGGACACAUCUACCUCAGACGACCAGCUACAACUUAUGUGUGUCUCAGCCCUCCACCUUCAAACACCCCUUUGCCAUUGAAAACCUAAUUGCCAGAGAUUACAAAAUGCCAGGAAGCCUUGCUUUCUCCACCAUGCAGUCCAUGUCUACGGGUUAUCAAAUACACAAUCAGUUGACCACGGCUUGGCCCCACAUGUACAGCAGUAAUGUGACAGACGCUGAGUAUACCGCCUAUGGAGUACCACUCAAAUCCCUGAGUCAUGGCGCGCAAAGUUUACCGGCGAUCCCUGUGCCAAUCAAACCCGCUCCAGCUUCGGUCGCGUCCAUCCCGGCGUUGCAUGCGCACCUUCCAGCGUUCCUCUGCGGCUCUCCACAGUCCCUCAGCCCGACGUCUCCCACCCAGAGCAGCCCCGCCACACCGAGCCCGACCUCGCUGCUCCAUUCGGUCGCCGUGCACUGUCAAGAGGUCACUUAAAACUUUAAGAGGGACUUGAAACUUUCCUUACACAUCCACCCUGAUUCACUGGCACCGACUAAAUAA